UUCCUCCUCCCCCGUCCUCAUAUCAGAUCCGAUCUCUCGCUCGCUCGCUCGCACCGGCCGGGCGAGGCGACGCACGACCGACCCCCCUCCCUUCCCCUCGACUGUGCCCUCUCGCCGCCGCCGUCUGCCGCCAUGGCGGCGGCCAACGCCCCCAUCGCCAUGCGCGAGGCCCUCACGCUGACGAGCCUGGGGAUCGCGCCGCAGUUCAUCACCUUCACCCACGUCACCAUGGAGUCGGACAGGUACAUCUGCGUCCGGGAGACCUCGCCGCAGAACAGCGUCGUCAUCAUCGACAUGGCCAUGCCCAGCCAGCCCCUCCGCAGGCCCAUUACCGCCGACUCCGCGCUCAUGAACCCCAACACCAGGAUCCUCGCGCUCAAAGCUCAAAUACCUGGAACCACGCAGGAUCACCUGCAAAUCUUUAAUAUUGAAGCUAAAACUAAAAUCAAGUCGCACCAGAUGCCUGAGCAGGUUGUGUUUUGGAAAUGGAUCACCCCAAAGUUGCUGGGUUUGGUAACACAGGCAUCAGUGUAUCACUGGUCAAUUGAAGGAGAUUCUGAGCCCAUUAAGAUGUUCGAUAGGACAGCUAAUUUGGCUAAUAAUCAGAUUAUCAACUAUCGGUGUGAUCCAGCGGAGAAGUGGCUCGUGCUUAUUGGAAUUGCACCUGGUGCUCCAGAGAGGCCACAGCUGGUAAAGGGAAAUAUGCAACUCUUUUCUGUGGAUCAGCAGCGUAGUCAAGCACUUGAAGCCCAUGCUGCUUCUUUUGCAACAUUCAAGGUUCCUGGCAACGAGAACCCAUCCACCCUCAUCUGUUUUGCUUCUAAGGCAUCUAAUGCUGGAACACUUACUUCUAAGUUGCAUAUUAUUGAACUGGGCGCCCAGCCAGGGAAACCUGGCUUUUCCAAGAAACAAGCCGAUCUCUUCUUCCCACCAGAUUUCCAGGAUGAUUUUCCUGUAGCCAUGCAGAUCUCUCAAAAGUAUGGCCUUGUCUAUGUAAUUACGAAGCUUGGGCUGCUGUUUGUAUAUGACUUGGAAACUGCUGCGGCAGUUUAUAGAAAUAGAAUCAGUCCAGACCCCAUAUUCUUGACUGCAGAGUCUUCAACAACCGGUGGAUUUUAUGCCAUUAACAGAAGAGGGCAGGUUUUGCAUGCCACAGUUAACGAUGCAACUGUUGUUCCUUUUGUCAGUGGUCAAUUAAACAACCUUGAACUUGCCGUGAAUCUUGCCAAAAGAGCCAAUCUCCCCGGGGCGGAGAACUUGGUUGUGCAAAGAUUCCAGGAACUGUUCGCACAGACAAAAUACAAGGAAGCAGCAGAGUUGGCUGCAGAGUCCCCGCAGGGUCUUCUACGAACUCCCGAGACUGUUGCCAAAUUCCAGAGUGUUCCUGUUCAAGCUGGACAAACACCUCCACUGUUGCAGUACUUUGGCACAUUGCUUACUCGAGGGAAGCUCAAUGCUUAUGAAUCCCUUGAGUUAUCUCGACUUGUUGUCAAUCAGAACAAGAAGAACCUUUUGGAAAAUUGGUUGGCGGAAGACAAGUUGGAGUGCAGUGAAGAGCUUGGAGAUCUUGUAAAGACGGUAGACAAUGAUCUUGCGCUAAAAAUAUACAUAAAGGCUAGGGCAACCCCGAAAGUCGUCGCCGCUUUUGCUGAGAGGAGGGAGUUUGACAAGAUCCUUAUAUACUCAAAGCAGGUUGGAUACACUCCGGACUACCUCUUCCUCCUCCAGACCAUCUUACGUACGGAUCCGCAGGGGGCUGUCAACUUUGCUCUCAUGAUGUCACAAAUGGAGGGGGGUUGCCCGCUGGAUUAUAAUACCAUAACUGAUCUCUUCCUUCAGAGAAAUAUGAUACGAGAAGCAACAGCUUUUCUGUUGGAUGUUCUCAAACCAAAUUUGGAAGAGCAUGCUUUUCUUCAAACCAAGGUUUUGGAGAUCAACUUGGUAACUUACCCAAAUGUCGCCGAUGCCAUCCUUGCUAAUGGUAUGUUCAGUCACUACGAUCGCCCUCGUAUUGCUCAGCUGUGUGAAAAGGCUGGCUUGUACUUGCGGGCUCUCCAGCACUACGCAGAAUUACCUGAUAUCAAGCGUGUUAUCGUGAAUACCCAUGCUAUUGAGCCGCAGGCACUCGUUGAGUUCUUUGGAACCCUUUCUAAAGAAUGGGCACUGGAAUGCAUGAAGGACCUUUUACUGGUCAACCUGAGAGGAAAUCUUCAAAUUGUUGUGCAGGCCGCCAAGGAAUACUGUGAGCAGCUUGGAGUUGACGCUUGUAUUAAACUGUUCGAACAAUUUAAAUCAUACGAGGGGCUCUACUUCUUCCUAGGGUCCUAUUUGAGCUCAAGUGAGGAUCCAGAUAUCCAUUUCAAAUAUAUAGAAUCAGCUGCAAGGACUGGACAGAUUAAAGAAGUUGAGCGAGUCACAAGAGAGUCUAACUUUUACGAUGCUGAGAAGACAAAGAACUUUCUGAUGGAAGCAAAACUACCUGAUGCCCGUCCACUCAUAAAUGUCUGUGAUCGCUUUGGUUUUGUUCCAGAUCUUACUCACUAUCUGUACACAAACAAUAUGCUCCGGUACAUUGAAGGCUAUGUACAGAAGGUGAACCCUGGAAAUGCUCCGUUGGUAGUGGGCCAGUUACUUGAUGACGAGUGCCCGGAAGAUUUCAUUAAGGGUUUGAUUUUGUCUGUUCGAUCUCUUCUUCCUGUCGAGCCACUGGUUGAUGAAUGCGAGAAGAGGAACCGUCUACGUUUACUGACACAAUUCCUGGAGCACUUAGUGAGUGAGGGUAGCCAAGAUGUGCAUGUCCACAAUGCUCUUGGGAAAAUUAUCAUUGACAGCAACAACAAUCCUGAGCAUUUCCUUACUACCAACCCGUUCUAUGACUCCCGUGUGGUGGGUAAAUACUGUGAAAAGAGGGAUCCUACUCUUGCUGUUGUUGCUUACAGACGUGGACAGUGCGAUGAAGAACUUAUCAAUGUUACCAACAAAAACUCGCUGUUCAAGCUGCAAGCUAGGUAUGUGGUUGAAAGAAUGGACGGUGAUCUGUGGGAUAAAGUUCUACAGCCUGAUAAUGAAUAUAGAAGGCAGUUCAUUGACCAAGUGGUUUCUACUGCAUUGCCCGAAAGCAAGAGUCCUGAGCAAGUUUCUGCUGCUGUUAAGGCUUUCAUGACAGCUGACCUCCCUCAUGAACUGAUUGAACUUCUUGAGAAGAUUGUCCUUCAGAAUUCCGCGUUCAGUGGAAACUUCAAUCUUCAGAAUCUGCUCAUCUUGACAGCCAUCAAGGCAGACUCAUCUAGGGUCAUGGACUAUGUUAACAGACUAGACAACUUUGAUGGUCCUGCCGUCGGAGAAGUAGCAGUUGAAGCACAACUUUAUGAGGAGGCUUUUGCCAUAUUCAAGAAGUUCAACUUAAAUGUGCAGGCUGUUGAUGUUCUGUUGGAUAACAUCCGAAGCAUAGAAAGGGCGGAAGAGUUUGCAUUCCGUGUUGAAGAAGAUGCUGUCUGGAGCCAGGUUGCCAAGGCCCAGUUGCGUGAAGGUCUAGUCAGCGAAGCAAUCGAGUCCUUCAUUCGUGCAGAUGAUGUGACACAUUUCCUUGAUGUCAUCCGUGCUGCUGAGGAAGCCAAUGUAUACCAUGAUUUGGUCAAGUACUUGCUGAUGGUAAGGCAAAAGGCAAGGGAGCCCAAAGUCGACAGCGAACUCAUCUUUGCAUAUGCUAAGAUUGAUAGACUCAGUGACAUUGAAGAGUUUAUUCUGAUGCCGAAUGUUGCCAAUCUCCAAAAUGUUGGUGACCGUCUGUAUGACGAAGAGCUCUACGAAGCUGCAAAGAUCAUCUAUGCCUUCAUCUCAAACUGGGCUAAGCUGGCUGUCACCUUGGUCAAGCUGAAGCAGUUCCAAGGUGCUGUAGAUGCUGCUCGCAAGGCUAACAGCGCUAAAACAUGGAAGGAGGUCUGCUUUGCUUGUGUUGACGCUGAGGAGUUCCGUCUAGCACAAAUCUGUGGUCUCAACAUUAUCGUUCAGGUUGAUGACUUGGAGGAAGUGAGUGAAUACUACCAGAACAGAGGUUGUUUCAGUGAACUUAUUUCCCUCAUGGAGAGUGGUCUUGGACUUGAGCGGGCACACAUGGGCAUCUUUACUGAAUUGGGAGUUCUCUAUGCUAGAUACCGCCCUGAGAAGCUCAUGGAACACAUCAAACUCUUCUCCACCCGUCUCAACAUUCCUAAGCUUAUCCGUGCUUGUGAUGAACAACAGCACUGGAAAGAGCUUACAUACCUAUACAUUCAAUAUGAUGAAUUUGACAAUGCUGCUACCACUAUCAUGAACCAUUCUCCAGAUGCAUGGGAUCACAUGCAAUUUAAGGAUGUUUGUGUUAAAGUUGCAAAUGUUGAGAUUUAUUACAAGGCAGUGCAUUUCUAUUUGCAAGAGCACCCUGAUCUCAUCAAUGAUCUUCUCAAUGUGCUUGCCCUUCGUUUGGAUCAUACCAGAGUUGUAGAUAUAAUGCGCAAGGCUGGUCAGUUGCAUCUUGUGAAACCGUACAUGGUUGCAGUUCAGAGCAACAAUGUCUCUGCUGUCAAUGAAGCUUUGAAUGAGCUAUAUGUCGAAGAGGAGGACUACGAGAGGCUCCGUGAAUCUGUUGACAUGCAUGAUAACUUUGAUCAGAUAGGUCUUGCCCAGAAGCUUGAGAAGCAUGAGUUGCUUGAGAUGAGAAGGAUUGCCGCCUACAUUUACAAGAAGGCUGGCAGAUGGAAGCAAUCUAUUGCCCUAUCGAAGAAAGACAACAUGUACAAGGAUUGCAUGGAGACAUGCUCACAGUCUGGUGACCGUGAGCUCUCAGAGGACUUGCUUGUCUAUUUCAUCGAACAGGGAAAGAAAGAAUGCUUUGCUUCUUGCCUCUUCAUUUGCUACGACUUGAUUCGUGCGGAUGUCGCUCUUGAGCUUGCAUGGACGAAUAACAUGCUGGAUUUCGCGUUCCCCUAUCUAUUACAGUUCAUCCGUGAGUACACAAGCAAGGUAGAUGAUUUGGUGAAGGACAGGAUAGAAUCGCAGAAGGAAGAGAAAGCUAAAGAGAACGAAGAGAAGGAACUAGUUGCGCAGCAGAACAUGUACGCUCAAUUGCUUCCUCUGGCCUUGCCUGCUCCGCCCGGCAUGAUGGGCGGUCCACCUCCGAUGGGCGGGAUGGGCAUGCCGCCGAUGGGCGGGAUGGGUAUGCCGCCGAUGGGUCCUGGUCCAAUGCCAGCAUACGGGAUGCCUCCAAUGGGAAGCUACUGAGUCAACCAGCCUCUGUUGUAUGAAUUUGAGGAGUACAGAUGAUGUGAAGUAUUUGAGUUGACGCAGAGGGAGGGAAGAAUCAUGAAUAUCUAUCCCAGAGAGGUAUCUUCCAAGGUGUAUAUCUGCGUCAUCGGUUGUUCCAGUUAAUAUUCUUUUGGUACCAGGACAAUUUUGGCAAGCGAAAUCUCUAGCCGAGUUUGAGUUAAUUACAGGACUGCUAUAUAUUAUAUAUAUUAUAUUACGGUUGGAUAGGAUGAGCAGCAGCAUGAGUGGUUAGGCCCCUGGUACCAUUUGUAUAGGUGUUAUAUUGAAAGUUUGUAGACAUUCUGCAUGUACACUCGUCGGUGUUGGUGUUGCUGCCAGCCAUAAACACAUCAAAUACUGUCUGUAUGUUGUUAAUUACCGGUUUCCAUCUCUUGUCCAGUGCUUAGUUUUUUUGUAACCGAAUGAACGCUUUUGUUGUACU